UUAUUUUGGAUAAUUAUUUGGAUUUUUGGAUCCAUAGGAAUUGAUAUACAUCUACUAAAUACUCUCUGAAAUGGUGAAUUAUGUUCAAAAGUUUGUAUGCUCUUCAUUUUUAUUAGUAACUGAAAGACUGGGUUAGUCUCAGAAUCUUAGUUAAAGAAGCAACUUGGUUUUGCUAGUUUUAUAGGGACAUAUAUAAGCUAUGUUCUGUGUUUUAUACACGCAUGCAUACAUAUGAUACACAUGGAUCCAUGUUCAUGCAACAAAGAUUUUUGGUUUACUGGAGCAAAGUUCACCCAGAUAGGUGCAAUGGGUUCAAAAAUUUGGAAAUAUGGAAUAUGUGUAUGGGUUCGUUUUCUUGUAGAUCAAAUGUUUGGUGAAAGUUCAUAUUUUCCCUAUUGUAUUGCCUGACCCCCGACUGAACUGUGUUUGUAAACUAUGUGCAGUUUUUGGUUAAUUUGUCGGUUUGGGUAUCCAAACCAAUUCAUUAAGUUUGGAGUAGGAGUCCUGUUUGGUGAAGAAUAGUGAUAUACAAGGCAAAUGGCACUCAAGAUUUCAGCUCAGGAAGCUGCUGAGAUUGCUAUAAGGUCUAUUGGGAGUGGAUAUAAUCUAGCUCUUGAUUUAAGGUUGAAAUACUGUCAAGAAGAAGAAAAGGGUUCACCCUUGAUUGAGUUUGAACAAGUUGGGUGUUAUGAUGUAGCUUUGCCUUGUGGAAUCUCUAUCCCAAAUGUAUCCAAGUUGAUCAAAUGUUAUCAAGGCAAGGGUACAAGGAACAUGUGUGAUGUUAUCUCUUUUCAGCAGAUGUCAGAACGGUUCAACCAUGAACUGUCUCUGAGUGGCAAAAUUCCUUCUGGUUUAUUCAAUGCCAUGUUUGACUUCUCCGGCUGUUCGCACAAGGAUGCAGUCAGCACCAAGACCUUAGCUUUUGAUGGGAUAUUCAUCACACUUUAUACAGUUUUAUUGGACAAAUCACAAAUGGUACUCUGUGAUCAUGUUAAGAAAGCUGUUCCAUCAUCAUGGGAACCUGCUGCCUUGGCAAGAUUCAUCAAGACAUUUGGAACCCAUAUUAUUGUUGGUGUGAAAAUGGGCGGAAAGGAUGUAAUAUAUAUGAAACAGCAGCACUCAUCAACUGUUCAACCAACUGAUGCAUACACAAAACUGAAGAAGUUGGCUGAUGAUAAGUUUUUAAAGAACAAUGAACAAAGUAGGAUCAAUUCAGAACAAGUGAAGCUAUAUAAUCAGAUGCAGGAUAUCUCUAUAAUUUACAAAAGGAGGGGUGGAAGAGAGGAAAUGAACUUAUCCCAUGCUGAGUGGCUACAAACUGUUGAUGUUCAUCCUGAAGUGGUCUCAAUGUCAUUCAUUCCUAUUACUUCCUUGUUAAGUGGAGUUCCAAUGAGCGGAUUCUUGAAUCAUGCCAUAGAUCUCUACUUACGUUAUAAACCCUCACUUGAAGAACUACAUUUGUUUUUGGAAUUUUCGCUGCCAAGGCAGUGGGCACCAGUUUUCAAAGAGUUUCCCCGUGGUUUACAACACAAGCGACAGAGCAAUUCGUUUUUACAGUUCAAGUUCUUGGGUCCCAAGCUUUAUGUUAACACCAUUCCAGUUGAUGUAGGUAUGAGACCAGUUACAGGUCUUCGGCUCUAUCUCGAAGGCAAAAGAAGCAAUCGGUUGGCCAUAUACAUGCAGCACCUUUCUUCUCUACCUACAUACUUUCAACUUGUCGAUGAACCCAACGAUACAUUGCCUGAUGAAGAGUCCUAUGAUAAAAGAUACUUGGUAAAAGUUCGAUGGAAGAAUUUCUCUAGAGUUUGUACAGCUCCUGUAGAGUGUUACAAUAAUAAUUCCAUAGUUACUGGAGCUCAGGUACAGGUAGAGAAACAUGGAUUGAAAAGCAUUCUCUUUUUACGACUUCAUUUCUCUACCGUUUUAGGAACGGUAAUCCUAAGGCAUUCAGAAUGGGAUGGAUCAUUUGGAAUUGCACCUCAGUCUGGAAUCCUAUCUGAUCUUUUGAGUAAGCCUUUAACACCACCUCCACCACAAAGAAAGCCAGAUACAAGCUCUUCAGCUUACCCUGGUGGCCCUCCAAUGCCAAAUUAUACCCCAAAACUAUUGAAAUAUGUUGAUACAGCAGAGAUGAAAAGAGGGCCACAAGAUCCUCCUGGAUACUGGGUUGUGUCGGGGGCAAGACUGGUUGUAGAGGAAGGCAAGAUUGCUCUACGAGUAAAGUAUUCCCUAUUAAUUGACAUACCAGAUGAAAUACCUGAGGAGCAUUAGCAUAUGUAUAUUUGGUUUUUGGAUUUUGCUGCUGCAAGCUCAAAGCCAAAAUAUUUGUAGUUUAAUCCUCCAUUGUUCUGGGGCUUAAGACAAAAUUUCUAACUUGGUUCCACAUGUUAAAAUAUACAAAGAACUAUAUUUCAUGAAUAUUAUUCACUUGCUUAUCAUAA